AAGAACAAAAAUCAGAGCAUUUAGAUCAUGAAGGCUUCAGAAUAAAUCCAUGGUUCCAUGUGAAAACGAAAGAGAUCUUUCACUCAAAAGUCGGUCGCGAAUCACCGUUACAAGUUAUACAUAACACCUGCUUCGAUCACUACUGCAUUCUCUCCCUCUCUCAAAUCCUGAAUUGAAAUCCAUUUUUUGGUUCCUACUCUGGAGAUCCAUCAGUUUCUCGUUUUGACAAAUCUGAUCUUGCUUCGGAUAGAGUCGCAAUUUCGGACAAGGGUUUGUUGGGUUCUCCCAACAACAUGACGGCACCGCCUCAGGAUUUGUCGAUGGAGCAAGAACAGGAUGAUACAGAUGAGUUCGCCGAGAUCGACCCAAGUGGCCGCUACGGCCGGUAUAAGGAGGUUUUAGGAAGAGGAGCUUUCAAGAAAGUAUACAGGGCGUUUGAUGAACUGGAAGGAAUAGAGGUAGCUUGGAAUCAGAUCAAAGUAGCUGAUCUAUUGCACAACUCGGUGGAUAUGGAGCGUUUCUAUUCAGAAGUUCAUCUGCUCAAGACUCUGAAACACAAAAAUAUAAUAAAGUUGUACCAUUCAUGGGUUGAUUCCAAAAACGAGACCAUCAACUUCAUCACUGAAAUUUUCACGUCGGGAACAUUAAGACAGUACAGGAAGAAGCAUAAGCAUGUUGAUCUGAGAGCAUUAAAGAAAUGGUCUCGACAGAUUCUUGAGGGUCUUGCUUAUCUUCAUGGUCAUGAUCCUCCUGUGAUCCACCGAGAUCUCAAGUGUGAUAAUAUCUUUAUCAAUGGUAACCAGGGUGAAGUCAAAAUUGCAGAUCUUGGUUUAGCUGCCAUUUUGCACCAGACUCAUUUAGCUCGUAGUGUUAUUGGUACCCCUGAAUUUAUGGCGCCUGAGCUUUACGAAGAGGAGUACAAUGAGCUUGUUGACAUUUAUGCUUUCGGUAUGUGCUUGCUUGAGUUGGUGACAUUUGAGUACCCAUAUACUGAAUGUGCCAAUGCUGCUCAAAUAUACAAAAAAGUGACCUCGGGAAUAAAACCAGCUUCACUUGCAAAGGUGGAGAAUCCUGAAGUCAGAAUAUUUAUAGAAAAGUGUAUCGGGAAGGUAUCUGACCGUUUAACGGCCGAGCAACUUCUGGAGGAUCCUUUUCUGCGAUCGGAUGAUGAGGCAGAGAGUAUAGCUCAUCCUCAGCAUUCCAGAACCCAUCAUCAUUCAGAUACUGGGAAAAACACGAUAGCUGAGUCCGGUAUAGAUAUGACCGUUCAAGGGCAAAGAAAAGAUAUUAAUACCAUUUUUCUGAAACUGCGGAUAGCUGACUCCACAGGUCAGCUGCGGAACAUUCAUUUCCCAUUUGAUACCGAGGCGGAUACACCAACUGCUGUUGCUACUGAGAUGGUGGAGGAGCUUGACCUGACAGAUCAAGAUGUUUCAACCAUUGCUGAGAUGACCGAAUCAGAAGUACGAUCACAUAUUCCGGACUGGGCACCGAUAGGAUCCAACGAAGAAAACCCUGAUGGAACUGUCGCAAACUCAGAUGAUUGUGAGAGACGGGUAGAUGAUUCUCCUGCUCUGAAUGAUAAAUCCACCUUGAGUGCAGAGACUAAUUCACCUCGUACCUUUUCAAUGGAAACGCUUCCAUCCGGUAGAAAGUACUGGUCAUUGGGGAAAGCUGAAGAGGAGAACCCUCCAACCAACCAACGAAUCUUAGAGUCACCAUCCGAUGUUGACAUCAUCUGGGACACAAAAACCCUAACAGAAAAUGAUCGGAACAGCCAUGAUGCUUCAGAUGAAUGCAAGGAAAAGGACAGUGAUGGAGAUGAAAACCGGGAAAUGCGAACUGGGAUGGAGAUAGAGAUCAAGAACUUAGCAAGUAAACUCGAGAAAUUAUUGGCAAAGCACGAGGAGGAGUUGAAUGAGUUAACAAGGACGCAUGAACUUGCUGUUUCAGCACUUCUUCAGGAGCUCCCAGCAGACACCCUUCAGAAGGUUUUGUCUGUUUGCAAGUCCAAAGUUGCUGAUCUUAAACUCUCGGACAUGACCGAUCCGUAACGUUUAUUACAAGACACAAGUAGCAGAGUUCCUCUUACAAGGGUUUGAGAGAAUUUUAGCAACAAAGGCCAUGAUUUCUAUUUGUUCGUUGUUUUCUGGAUUUGACUUGAUUCUUUGUCACGGAAUACUAGAGUUCUUCUAAUACUCUGUACAGAACAAAAGGGAUAAUCUUGAGUCACUGAGAA